UGGAAGUUGGAGGUUGGAAGUUGGAACUCGAUGUUCUCCGAAAACAAAAAGCGCGUUCCCUCAACACCUUCUCCACACACACAUUUUUUUUUUUUUUUCAUUUCCCUCCUCACUCGCGCCAAGCUUAGUUACCUCCAAAAAACAAUGAAAAGUUAAAAAAAUAAAAAUGAGAUCGAAGGUUUGAGUUUCCUGACUUUGACUUUUCGUCUGUCUUUCUUCCCUUGGUCUUCUUCUUUCAGCUCCUGCUCCUUUCUUCACACCUUCAUUCCCUAAAAUCCAUCCUGAAUUCCUGACAUGAAUUAUUUUUAUUAUUACUCUUUUUAUCCUUUUAUCAUUCUGUAAAUUCGCUUAGGCGAUGUCCAAGUCUCCUGUCCUAUUAAUGCAUUCACAUGCGACGCUGGAUUUUUUUUUUUUCAAAUUUGAUCUCUUCAUCUUUCGUAAUAAACCCUGCAACUUCUUCUCCAAGUCAGAAUAAUGAUUUUCUUGUAUUUGUAAAAUCUCUCUUCUAAAUUUUACAAGAAGAAGAAGAUGAAGAAGAACCCAUCAACUAGAGAUUAGGUUCAUAGAAUUAGGGGUUUUCUUCGGGAAGGGGAACAAGAUGGAUUUUCCUUCUUCUUCUUCUUCAUCUGUAAAUAAUAACGAUAUAGAUACCAGUGAUGUGACUUGGCGUAGUAGCAUCAACAUCCCCUUAAGAUUCCGCACUCCUCUUUCUCUUGUUCUCGAAUAUUCUGGCAUCAUGUCCUCAAACCCCGAUGUUUCUUCUCCUGCACCUGCACCUGUACCUGCACCUGGAGAUGGACCUUCAACAACUCAUUUGCGCCCUAGGUCUCAGCUUCAAUCUGGUUCUGGUUCUGGUUCUGGUUCUGGUGGAGCCUGCAGUGGGACUGGUGAAGUUCAAAUUCGCAUAAUUGGUACUGGGGACCAAGACAACAAUGGUGUGAUUGGUUCGGUUUCCUCUUCUUCGCAGCUGAGUCGUGUGUCUCGAUCGGGCCAUCAUGAGUGUAUUAUGGUCAACGGACGGCCGUGGCCGCCGCCGAACAUUACCGACCCUGAGACUUGGCACCGGCUGAUUCAGGACCCGCCUGUGUACGAGACACCUGCGUCUGAGGUGUAUGAGCUUCUUGGUAGUGGUAAUAGGAAUGUUCAGCAGGCUGUUAAGUGGCUGGAACAGCUUAUCCCUUUCUCCCUCUUGCUGUUGGUGGUGUUCAUUCGCCAGCAUUUGCAAGGUUUCUUUCUCACAAUUUAUGUAUCAGCUGUGCUGCUUAAAUCAAAUGAGGUGGUUAAGGAACAGACAGCUCUAAAGGGAGAUCGGAAAGUCUCUGUUCUUGUUGGUAUCUCAGUUGCCUUCAUGCUCCACGUGAUAGCCGUUUACUGGUUUCAAAAUGAUGAUCUUUUAUACCCAAUUGCAAUGCUUCCUCCAAAAGAAACACCGCUUUUCUGGCAUGCAAUAUUCACCGUUUUGAUCAAUGAUACAUUGGUGCGGCAAGCAGCAAUGGCUUUCAAGCUUUUGGUGCUAAUUUUCUACAAAUGUCGCAGAGGCCCCAGCUUCCGUCGGCAGGGUCAAAUCUUAACUGCAGUUGAGUACGUGUUGCUGUUGUAUCGUGCCUUGCUGCCAACACCAGUUUGGUAUCGGUUUUUCUUGAACCAUGAUUAUGGAAGUCUCUUUUCAUCACUGACCACAGGGUUGUAUCUAACAUUCAAACUAACGACUUUAGUUGAGAAGAUCCAAAACUUCUUUUCUGCCUUAAGACUAUUAUCGGGAAGGAAAGUCCAAUAUGGGGUUUAUGCUACAAAGGAACAGGUAAAGUCUGCUGGUGACAUGUGUGCUAUAUGCCAGGAGAAGAUGCGAGCUCCGCUCUUGUUGCACUGUAAACACUUGUUCUGUGAGGAAUGUGUGUCCGAAUGGCUUGAGCGAGAAAGGACUUGCCCAUUAUGCAGAGCAAAUGUAAAAUCUGCUGAUCUGCUCACCUAUGGAGAUGGUUCGACAAGUAUUUUGUGUCAGUUGUUUUAAAAUCCCGCUUUUUGUAGCUCUGGUAAUGAAUCUUGGUUUUAGCCUAUAUAUAUAUGUAUCUCAUGUAAUUUAGUUUUCUGGUUUCCAUAAAAUUUUCCAUCACUGGCUUUAAUGUAAUUAAGAUUGAAGAAAUUAUUAAAUAAAGUUAAAAAUGUUAAUGUA